AUGUUUUCGACGCUCCGUCGCGCCAUGCUUUUCCGUCGAUUCCCGGCUGUGAUUUCUCCGGCGAAAAGGACUUUCAGCAGCGACAAAGUUUCCGAUGAAAUCGAUCUCCGAAUAUUGAAUGAGCUGAAUCAGGAAAUGCAAUCAAUCUUUGGAGCAGAACCUCCUGCCACAAUGGAUUACCCUGAGUUGGAAUCCAGUAUUGGAUCUACAAAACCGGAGAGUUGUAGGCAAUAUGAACAACCUGCGAAACUGGCUACUGAAGAUAUGUCUAAGCUAACCCAUGUUGGGGUCUCCGGGGAAGCUCAGAUGGUGGAUGUUUCUUCCAAGGACAAUACUAAAAGAACCGCACUGGCUUCCUGUAAAGUGAAUCUAGGCAAACGAGUUUUCGAUUUGGUCUUAGCCAAUCAGAUGGGGAAAGGAGAUGUUCUGGGAGUUGCCAAAAUCGCUGGCAUCAACGGAGCUAAACAGACCAGCAGUUUAAUCCCAUUGUGUCAUAACAUUGCUCUUACUCAUGUUCGUGUUGACUUAAGAUUAAACCCUGAGGAUUUUAGUGUUGACGUUGAAGGAGAAGCUUCUUGUACUGGGAAAACCGGUGUUGAGAUGGAAGCUAUGACUGCUGUUUCAGUUGCUGGGUUAACUGUUUACGACAUGUGCAAGGCUGCUUCCAAAGAUAUCACCAUUACGGAUGUGAGGCUCCAGCGUAAAACUGGUGGGAAGAGUGGGUAUUGGUCUAGAGGAGAGUGAAUGUGCAACCCAACACUUGUCUCUGUGUAGCUAUAUGGAGUUUACGCAUAGACAAAGCCAGGCAUGUCUGGACCAGAAAAACCGGUCUUCAAAAAUAUUUGGUCGAUGAACCAACCGGUCAAGUACGUCUUGACUAUAUUUUUACCAUUUGGACCUAACACAACUACCAUUUUUGUUCCGAUAUUCAAUAUUCACCGUGCGUUGACUUUGAUUGACUUGCAAAAGAUAUACUAUUUACAUUUAACUUUCAUAAAUAGAAACAGUUACCUAUUAAUUCGC